CAGCAUUUCAAAGUCUCUGUGAGUAAAACAUGUAGUGUUCUAAAUUUUGUUGAAACCUAAGUUACAACUGAUACACUGCAUAGCAUGGAUAGAAUAUCAUACGACCGAAAAUAGCACUUAAACCCAACAAUGAGUUACGAAUUAACGAGCAUACAUGCCGGAAACAUCACAGAGAUUCACGAAGUCCCUAUGCGAGUUGUGACAAGACCGUUCCCUCCGGAAGUUAAUGAAGAAAAGGUGAAAAGUUUGAUGGAUACAUUGACUGAUCCCGAUAGAGAGUCAUUAGUACCACCUGUCGAUAUUUUAUGGAUCAAAGGAAGAGAAGGAGGAGAUUACUAUUAUUCUUUUGGAGGAUGUCACCGGUAUACGGCACAUCAGAGACUUGGGAAGGAAACAAUAAAAGCUAAAUUAGUCAAGUCAACGAUAAAUGACUUGCGCAGUUAUCUUGGAAGCUCCACUCCUGAUCUCAUAUAAUGACGGACUAACAUGUGAGAAAUAAUAUCUUAUCAUUAGUGCUUUAUCAGUUUGCCCAACUGAAUAUCACAAAAAAAAAGUAUAAAAAAUAUAAGUGAUUGAUAGAAUUCCAUCCUUAUAAUAUAUACAGUGAAUCAAUCAAUGAUAUCCACAUUACACAAUUCGAUGUACGAAAUUAAUAUCGACGAGAUUUAAAUCGAAUAUGCUUAAAAUUUUUGUUCCAAUCAAAAAUACACUGUGUUGUUUAUUCGGAUAAAACUGGUUUCUCCAGUAUACUUAUUUAUAGAAUUACUGAGCAUAUUUAAAAAGGCAAAUAAGUGCUUUGUUUUCUUUUUUGUUCCAUGCAACAAGAAUCUGCAUGUUCAUACAUAUUUACACUGUGCAUCGAAUUAAAUAUUUAAAGGACUUGAUUAAAAUGCUGAUGAAAUAAUGAAAACUUCUAUUGUUAUAAAGGUGAUAAGUUAUAUGUAUAUAUUUUCAUGACAUUCUCUGUGAUAACUAAGUCACAGGAUGUUUUUGUAAUUUGUAUGAUACCGAGUUGUAUUUUACAUUGUUGAUCCGAUCACAUUAAUUCAGUAUAAUAGUGAAAGCUGGGCUUGGCGUAUAUAUACUUGCAUUUAUGCGGUAUUUCGCACAAUAGUAUUUGGUUUGUAUUUGUAAAUAAAAUUUUACCUAAUCUACGUAUUUGUAUAAUAAUCAAACUGAUGCUAUCGAUAGAGGUAUUUUUGGUGACACUAAUUAUUAGUAUGUAAAUUCAAAAGUUAGCUCAUAUUGUUACUAUUAAACUACUAUAUCACAGAAGUUACGCUGUGGAUUGAACACGCACUGUCCUUGUUGUAGACAUUUUCUUUGUAUCAUUUUGUACGAGGAAGAUUUAAUUUCAUACAUCACGUGUCAUGCGAAAAAGAUAUUCAAUUCAAACGUAAUGCUGUUAGACCAGGCAUUCUUAUAGACUACCAAGUGUUAAAGAAGUGUACAUUUAAAGUGCACGUUGGCACUUUGCAGAUAAUGUAUUCAUGAAAUGUUUCUCAAAUUCCAAGAGAAAAACAAUCUGUUACGGCUGGGCUACUGGAGAAACAUAUAUUCACAUUUAUAAUAAUCACAUGCUACGUCGAUAUUUCCGUAUUGCAUGGAACGCGUAGUUGAUUACGUACGAAAAGUGCAUGAGUAUAAACAACCCAAAAGACUUUGGAAGUAAAUAAUAUAUCCAAAUUGCUGUAAGUAGGCAAGUGAUAAUAUUACCAAAUUUUUUUCCGCACUUCAGCGAUUUUUCUUUAGCACAAAUUUAAUCAUUAGAAAUAUUGCAGUUGAUACUGAACUAUGUACGUAACAUAUACCAUUGAAAUCGACUACUACCAUGAAAAUUUAAAUCUUAUUUUCUGUGAAAGUGAUACUAUAAAGAUGUCGAUAGAUACGAGAAAUAAUCCCUUUAAUAUAUUACAUUCUGUAAAAUUGAUUAGUAUACAUAUUAUGUAUAAUUGUAGAUGUGUCACUUAGACUAUGUAUACAUUCUUGCGUAGUUUAUUCUCACUACUUUCCAUUAUUUACAAAUGUAUUUUUCAUGUGGCUUAAGUAAUUCGAUAACUUUUAACCUUUACUAAGUCUCAAAUAUGUUAAAUCCAAAACAACAAUAUUAUCUACUGGAUAUUGUACGUAGGGUAAAAAACUUGAUUACCUUGCAAUUGAAGUAACUGCUAUGAAUUCGUGAUAGAAAAUGCAUUUUUAAGACGAAUCGAAGUACUAAAUUAAAUUCGGUAUACUUAGUUAAUAAGUUUGUCUCGUCGAUCAUCAGAUCGGAACUGAUGACCCUAUCAAUCAGUUAUACAUGCUGACACAUUGAUUAGGAAAUACUGAAUAUCAAAUAUCAUGUACUAUAGUAUCAAUUUCUUACUUAAUGCUAAGUAAACAUAGAUGUAGUUUUCCAGUAAUUGUACAACAAGUGUUACCGUAAUAAUAACUAGUGCAAUAGUAAUUCACAAAGGUACAUACAAUUGUACCUUGAGUGAAGAAAAUUGUUAAACAAUUUUUUCAUCUCACAUAAAACUUUUCUAUAUAUUAAUUGUUACACAAAUUUGUCAAACUUAUUACACGCAGGAUUCAAUUGUGCUUUGGUGAUUAAUGCAC